UUCGUUGGCUGGCAUAGCCGUCAAAAUAUCUCGUGACUCUUGCAUCUGAGAGAGUGUGGUAGACCUAUGUGAGCACACACAUUUGCUCUGUGAUCUUACGCACAGUAAUAUAGUCAUGGAACCCAGCUAGAACGUUCGAGUGAAUUUCGCUCUGUUUAGGGGUGAAAUACGCAGUGGAUUGACAGGAUUUGGGCAAUACCAGGAAGCAUGUGGCGAGUACAAGGCAUUGUCGGCAGGGUUCUGUAUCGUUGGCACAGCAACGCACCCCUUCGGCUGACGCAGGGUCCCCAUCGUGAGGAUGAAGUCAUUAACACCUCUAGCCUCCUGUCCACCAACUUCCACUCAGACAAAGACAAUAGGGAGGAUGGGGAGGAGAGGAGGAGGAAACGGACGUCUCAGUUCUACUACACUGGGCUGCCCCGAUACACAGCACUGGAUGCUGUGGGCUUGGGUGCAGCAGCGGUUCUCCUCAUGCAGAUCUGCAAACGGAUCCACUUGCAGUUCACUUCUGUGGGUGAGCAGAACCCCAGGCCGACACAGCACAAGGAACCGGGGCUCAUUCGGAAGUGUGGUUACCGGAUUCUGCUAGAAAUCAUUUCUAGACAGCAGGACUUGACAAGGCAUGUUCUGCCGGGUGCACUGAGCCUAAACCGUCAUAGGGGCGCGCUAAACACACUUGACCAAAGCUCCAGCUCCAGCAGCACAGCCUCUGAGUACUGUGACCAGCAGGGGGCACAACUGAGUCAAGAGUCAGCACUAUCAGAGGAGUCGUUUGCAGAUGCCAGCCUACUCCGCAAGAAAGCCAAACCUGAAAAGCAGAAAGAACAGAUUUCACAGGAUUCUCUCACGCCGGAGGAGAGACUGACGGAGGCUACAGAGAACCUGAAACAUGUGGCAGACACUAGCGUUCCAGUUAUUCUCAAUAUCAUUGGUCUGGAGAGUGCGAAGGCAGGUGAUUACGAGGCUGCGUUCUCAUGUUUCCUGGCCGCUGCUCAGCAUCGCUACAGUAAAGCCCAGUUCAACGUUGGCGUCUGCUACGAGAAGGGCAGAGGAGUCCAGAAGAACCUUAACAAGGCGCUGCAGUUCUACAGGCGAGCAGCAGCAGCAGGCCACAUGCAGGCUCAGUAUCGCUGUGCCAAACUCCUCCUGAGCAGCAGGAGGCAGCAGAGGGCAGAGGACCUGGACACGGCCAUCACAUUACUGCAGAGCGCCGCGGCCGCUGGCCUCACAGAGGCUCAGUUGUACCUGGGGGUGCUGUUCUCUCAGGAUUCCACCAGAGACGAGGGCAAGGCUGUCCAGUACCUCCGCAUGGCCGCACAGAGUGGGGACAGUGCAGGACUGCUGUACCUGGGUCAGUGUUAUGAGCACGGCAUCGGAGUGAAUCGGUGUCUGAGCACCGCAGCCAACCUCUACAUGCAGUCGGCAGCGGCAGGGAACCAGCGGGCCAAGGGUGUGCUGACCACUCUGUGUGAUCGAGAAGACCACGUUCUGCAUUCCAUCCGGUCUGCUCCCUGCUUUUCUGCGCUGGACGGGAUGACUUUAGGCUCGGUGCUUUCUGAUGUAUUCCGAGAGACGGGCCCAGGUCAACAACAGGUUUCUGAUUGGCCAGUCCAGCCUCUGCCUCACUCGUGGAGCACGGGCAGCCUUAGGGUCCCGCCUACUCACCUCUACCCACUCUCAAGUGCUGACAACGCAGCCAGCAAAUGGACCAUAGGAGUGGGAUAAAAUGUACUCACACAAAACACACACACACAAAACCACAGGCAUUACAUCCUGACACUAUCAAAACAGAGUGAACGCACACUACAGCUUUCAUCGCAGUUUGAAACAAGUGUAGAUUGUUUGAUUGACAUAUGCACACCUUACUCUGUAAAUAGAAACUUCUAGUGAAAUAAUACAUAGUUCUCAGCAUGUGUACACUUUGUGUUGACAGCAAACACACACUUCAUGUGAGAAAAGAAUUGGGCUAAAGUUCCCAUGUGUUCCCAAAGGAAAGCUAUUGACCGCACAUGUUUGGUCAUUUCUGUUUCAAAACAAUGGAAUAGGAUUAGAAGUGGUUUACAGUGGGUUUUUUUUUUUUUUUUUAAAAGCAGAAAGCGUUGUGAGUUCUGGAUGAUUGAAGAGAUGUGACUGGGAGUUCAGCGAGUGCAUGGUUAAUAUUUGUCUCCCCACCCAAAGGAAUGUAGGGCCCUUCACCCUGUGUUUAAUGUCAUUAUUUGUUUAUGAAUAAUGUUUUUGUUGAUGGAGCCGGUGCUAAUGUCUGCUCAUUUUCUUGCCAGUAUGUAAACAUUAGUUGGGUUAGAGGUUCUUUUUGGGAGGAUAGACUUGGACAGCUUUUUGGGUGAGGUUUUUUUUUUUUUGUUUUUUUUUGUUUGUUUUAUUGUUUAAUUCUGUUUUGCCUGUUGCCAUUGAAUGAACUGUCUGAAGUCUCAGAGGUCAAAGUGCCUUGAUCUGUCUUAGUACACACGUGUUAAAACAUGACACUUUAAAAAAAAAGAUGUUAAGUCAUGGAGAGGAAUGUGAAUGACUAUUAGAGCCCUUCAUUUUUGUUUUGUACCCAAAAGCAAAAUAAAUGCACAAAAGUUUAUAAAUAAAUAUAUUUUUUAUCAUCA